UCUCAGUAACACAGUUGUUAUUCCGUCAAAAAUUUUCAAAGCUUGUGAAUGUUGUGAACUAUGAAACGAUGGCGCUUGAAGAGAUGUUUGAGAUCGAGUUUCUGGACGAUCUGGAUGAAAUGCCCAGAUUUGAGGAAGAUGCCGAACAAGCGAUGCACAUCCUGGACAGUUCGUGGCCUGCCGGCACUAAACGAAGGACAAUUGAUGAAGUGGACGACGACACUAAGAAAAAGCGGAAGCGUACGACCCGCAGGAGACUGGAGUUUUUUUCUUCGGACGACAAAAGGCAGCUAGCAGCAGAAGUCAAGAAGCGCCCGGUCCUGUGGGAUCUUUCCCAUAAGGAUCACAACAAUGGGAACGCCGUAAAGUCUUCGUGGAGGAAGAUUGGAGCGGCACUUCUUCGAACCGGUUAGUAUUAAUAAACAAUUAUUUUCUCCAAAUCCAUAUGUCGGAGCUACGUCGGGCUAGGUGCUGGGAUCGAAAUCCGUACACCUAAGAAAUUAAUCUAAAUCCGCCCACUU